AUGCUCCCCAACUACAACAACCACUGGCAAGAAGCCAGACAUAGAAACACUAAUCGUCAACCAAACCAAUAUCACGUACCCUACAACGGCCCUGUCUUCCAUCGACCUCUACCACCUACCAAUCGCCGACCACCAACCAACCCAUCCAGCUAUAUCACACCCCAUCGCCGACCUACCCACAACACCUACCAAUCAAGAGGUAACCAUCGACCUGACCAACAACAGAAACGACUACCAGUCCACCGACGCCAACCAGUCCCCACUCAUAAGGAGGAAGAACCUUUUGUGAAGGUGUUCUUCCAAGUUUUGCAGUGCCUCCAUCAUUUGGCAAUCCGUACCCUUCAACAGCAAGGCCAACCAGCGUUUACCUUCAAACGCAAAGUCUCUGAGUUGGAUAGUUUUAUCCGUCCAGCAAUGAAAACAUCAGCUGUUGACGCGAAUAUAAGAUCCCUCAGUCGGACAUGGCUCUCUAAGGUUACGCAGGUCCUGAUCGACCAUUACCAAACCACACUUCAUGAGAAGCUGACCACCAUUCGUACCAAGUCUUUAUCAUCAGCUGCCGUCGACCGCAUCGUUUCUCAUGCCCUGUCCUGGGCCCGUCACUCCUAUGGGAAACGUCUCACUCAAGCUGUAAUCACCAAGUUCUACCAAACAAUCUACGAAACAAAAACCAGAGUAACCAUAUCUCUACCAACUGAAAUGGACACUACACCUGCACCAUCUAGAGCCACGACGCUGCCGAACCAAACCCCUAAACGAGCCCGAAGUUCACCUACUCCUAGUCCAGCAGACAUAGGCCUCAACAACCGUGAUCAGCUACCCUACGAAGAAGAAUUCGAACCAGUUGAUAAUCUUCAUUGGUCUCCAGAAACAGCAAACAGCAUUUAUUUGUUUUGGAUACACCAGCUUCAAGCAUCGAGUAUGAGAUCUGAGAGAAAAUUUGGAAUAAGUGAAGUAUACUUUACAUUUCUGUCGUUAGAACCUGAAGUAUUUGGUAACUAUAAAAUAAUAGAAGGUAAUACAGUAGAAUUAAAGUGUUCUGUAACUAAUCCUAAUGGUAGUUGA